GCAAGGUUGAGGAUGUGAGAUAGACGUCAAAGACUGAGAGCUCAGACUCCUGAGAGACAGGGGAGUUUCUCUUUUCAAAUCUCCAAUUCGUUGUUUAAUGGCAGGUUUGAUAUAUCGGGCUGCCCAAAUGUCAGUUUGCGGAUAUGGGUAUACGCUCUUCAUCUCUCAAUUUCCACCACAUAAGCAGCAGACCCAGAAGAGAGGAAAAGGGCAAUCCUUUGGGCAUAGACGUCUCUUCAAUUUCUCUGCCAUUUCUUCUACCAGCAUUGAGACUCAUAAUUCGAUUCCCGUUUCCGUGAAAGCGCUGGCGUCGAUUGUUCUGAGUAGAAGGUUGCUGGGCAUCUCCGUUUUAGCUGCUUCGCUUCUACCCAGCUGCUCUGAAGCCAUUGAAGGAGGAGGAGGAAGAGAGGAGUUGGAGCUCGAAAGGUACACCGACCCAAAAGAUGGUUUCACUUUUCUCAGACCCUCUUCUUGGAUUAAGGUUGAUAAAGCUGGAGCUACUGUUCUCUUUGAGGAUUCGAGCAAGGGAUCCAACAAUGUUGGGGUUGUGGUGAGCCCUGUGAAGAUCACCGGCCUAAGUCAAUUUGGAACUCCUCAGUUUGUGGCAGAAAAACUCAUCCAGGCCGAACGCCGAAAGGAAAGCACCGUAGGUGCUGAAUUGGUUGCAGUAUCUGAGAGGUUAGGGAAGGGAGGCAUUGAAGUUUACGAGUUUGAGUACAAAGUGGAUAGCUCCAGGGGGGGAAUGAAGAGGGUGUUUUCUGCUGCUUUUGUGUUAUCUAAGAAGCUGUAUCUUUUGAAUAUUACUCACUCUGAUGGAUUAGAAAAUCCACUGGACCCAGAUACGCGAAAAGUCUUGGAAGAGGUUCUUCAUUCCUUUGACGUUGAUCAACAUCAAUAUGCAUUCUUUUGCUCCCCUGAUUCAUCCUGUCUUCCUCUGGUUGUAUAGGUAAGAAUUUCUUGUGCCAAUAAACAAAGUACAAAAUUGCUGGCAAUGGCCCUCUGGCACGGAGGUUCACUAUAUCUGUUUACUGCAUUCCAUUGAUUUAUAGGACAUGUGGAAUUACCUCAACCCAAACCCAUUUAGAAACUUUUGUUUUUCAAGAGCAACCCUUUACCAAUCCUUGAGAUUGCAUCUAUUUACUUGCUGUUUUGAUGCUAUUUUUGGGGGUGGGGUGACAAGAGAAACCUGCAGCCACUACCUGAGGGUAUGUACUAGGGUAAACUCGUCUUGUGACCCUAGCCGGCAAAAGACCACAAAGAGGGUGUUCUGAUGCCUUUUUUGUUUUCAACAUAAUGCUGUUACUCUCUUGUAUUUUAGCAUUUUAUGGUGAAUAAGAAACAUAAUGAUGUUAUGAUGUAAUUACAGUAGUGUAAGGUGUUGGGAAAGAUAAUGAGGGUUUCUUGCUUCAAUUUCAGAUUAGGAUGAAAAACAUUUCAGUUACAAAAAUGCUGUUUGUAUUUA